ACUAGCCUUCUCUCUUGGUUGAACACUUUCCGCAGAUUGAACGACAACUCAAACGCGUGGCAAAAUGAAAGCGAGCAUCAACACCUUUGCGGCGGCGUUUUGCCUGCUCGCAGCCUACCAGCCCGUCCAAGCUCUCCCCAAGAGCAAGCUUGCUGGCCCUGAGCUCAAGCACUGGCCUAAAUCAGCCGCCAAGUCACUCAACACGAUGAUCGCCCGUAACGCGCACAAGGGCCGAUAUGCGGUGUUCGACAUGGACAACACCAGCUACCAGUACGAUGUGGAGGAGUCCUUGCUCCCGUUCCUCGAGAACAAGGGUGUGCUGACGCGGGACACGAUGGAUCAAUCCCUCAAAUUGAUCCCCUUCAAGGACACGGCCAGUCACACAGAGAGCCUUUACAGCUACUACAACCGCCUGUGUGAUAUCGAUCUCGCAUUGUGCUACCCUUGGGCCGCGCAAAUCUUCAGUGGCAUUACUCUGAGCGACCUGAAGGUUUAUGUGGACGAGCUCCUUGCCUUGAAGGGAACCAUUCCGACGACGUACUACGACGGUGACGUGGUUGUGACAGAGGAAGUCAACCCUCCCAAGAUCUUUGAAGGCCAAGUCGAGCUCUACAACAGGCUCAUGGCCAACGGAAUUGAGGUGUACGUCGUCAGCGCUUCAUCGGAAGAGGUUGUUCGAAUGGUCGCCUCCGACCCCAAGUAUGGCUACAAUGUCAAGCCUGAGAACGUCAUCGGCGUCUCCCUUGUCCUGAAGAAUUCAACCGGUGGCAUCACCACAGCCAGGAAGCAAAUCGAGGCCGGCACAUACGACGAGAAAACCAACUUGGAUUCGGUCAUGACUCCUUACCUAUGGGCUCCGGCUCCAUGGAAGGCUGGCAAAUGGGCUGCCAUUCUCACUUACAUCGACGAGUGGAAGAAGCCCAUUCUUGUUGGUGGAGACACUCCCUUGAGUGAUGGUCCCAUGCUUUUCCAUGGAGUCGACGUUGCGCGGGGAGGAAUUCACUUGUGGAUCAAUCGCAAGGACGCAUACCUGACCGACAUCAAGAACAUGAUGCAUGAGUUUGCGAUUGACCAAAAGAAGGAGGGCGUUCCAGUCACAGCGAAUAAGAACUGGGUCAUCGUUAAGCCGGCGGAUAUUCACGCCUAGGUAGCCUUUUGACGAUAUUCAGUAUUGGUAUGGGAUGGCUGUCCAAUAUUAGAUCAAGGGUGUUGGUAUUCGCAUAUCAGAAUAUUGCCAUUCGCGCACAAGUACAAGUUUCUUCGCCAAACCUCACGGGAAACCAAUGUAUCGAACAUUGGAAUUCUCAGACAAGGGCUUAAAUUUAU